AAAAUGGCGGCAAAUUCGACAGAAGAAACAACAAUUGAAGACAAUGAAGCAGAAGAAACCUUACCGUUAGUCUUUCAGUGUACUGGCUGUCUUUCAAUUCUCGGGGAUAGUUUUGCUUGGGUCUGUGCUGAUCCAAACUUGAGAACUGUAUCGCUAUCAGCUGUUACUCAUGGUGUGCACAUAGCAACUGAAGAUGGGAUGGAAAUAUCCACCGAAGGAGAUGAUUUAGGAAGCACAUUUAUUCCACUGCAGUGUACGGCAUGCCAGGCAAAAAUAGGAAGAAUAUAUAAAACUACACCAAGGAAGUUAGAUAUGAUCAGAGACAUUUAUACAUUGGAUUGUUCUAGUAUUAAGAGCUAUCAGCUGGGCUCACAGAAAGCCAAAAAUACUUUUAAAUCUACUGAAGAAAUACUGGAAAUUCCUACAGCUCAGGUGUUACACUCAGAAAUAAUUAAAGUUCAAAGUGUUAUAGUUACUUUAAACGAAAGACUUCAAGCCCUUGAGAGUCAACUGGUUACUAAUGAAACACAAGUUAGAGAACAAGAAAAAAAGAGGUCGACUCCAGAAAGAAACAUCAAAAGAAAUUUAAGAAAUAAUUCAGACAGUAACCUUAACCUAGAAGCACUGGAAAAUGGGCCGACAAAGCAAAAACGAAAGCGUGUGUUUAACAGGAUGUCUAGAGAAUAGAGGGUCUGUAUGACCACAUGACGGCAACCAUGUUGGAUGCUUGCCACACCAAAUUGAAACUGCCUGAGGUUGAAACUGAGUGGGGCUCGCAUAUGGAACGGGCCUAAAAAUCAAAAUAGGUAAGAACUUUUGUAAAGCAUUCUGGAAAUAGUUAUCUACAUGACGCAUUCUUGCAACCAACAAAUUAAUGUAAUAUACUUGGGGUACACAUUUUUUAAGAAUUAGAUUUUUAGUUUUGUUGGAUUAUUGUACAUAAAUAUGUUUAUUUAUAA